AUGAAUUACUCUUGCAUGCGCUCCGGCUCUGCGCGACACCUGAUGAACAAGCGGACCCUCACAGAGCGUCCAGAGGGAGUAAGCGAACGCCAGAGAGCACUCCGCUCUUCACUGCGGCCAAAAACCUCCGCGUCAUCCUACGCGGCCUCCUGCCGGGGUCCCCCAGCUCGAGCACAAUUCUCUUUACAACCUGUUAAACAGCCUCCUGAAAUUAAUUUAGUUCUGCGUCCUCAGGGACUGACUGGUGAUAAUGAAGUAUAUGCCAAAGUUGAUUUGUGGGUCAAAUGUCCACAUACUUACCCUGAUACUGUCCCUGAAAUACAACUAAAAAAUUCAAAAGGCUUGUCAAAUGAGAAAAUAAAUGAAUUAAAAUCUAGACUAGCAGAAUUGGCAAGACAGCGCUGCGGAGAGGUGAUGAUAUUUGAACUUGCAGACCACAUACAGUCAUUUCUCAGUGAGUAUAAUAAACCACCUUCCAAGUCAUUUCAUGAAGAAAUGCUAAAAAAUCAUCAAAAGGAACAGGAAAGACUGGCCCAGGAGGAAUUGCGUAGGGUACAAGAAGUGAAGAGAAGAGAAGAGCAGGAGCAACGUGAAAUCCUUAAUGAGAUUCAGAGAAGGGAAGAAGAGAAAAGAGGAGAAAGAAAAAAGAAAGAGAUUGCUAAACAGGAACGUCUGGAAAUAGCUUCUCUGGCAAGUCAAGAGAAUUGUCACAGGAGAGAAACUACAGGGUAUAGAGUUGUUUCGAGUUUAAAUGGGAGCUGUCUGGAACACGGAGGGAACAACAAACACCGUCCAAAUUCAACUGGACGUUCCAAGCGAGAACGCCAUCUUUCUGUUGGUAAUAAUGAAGAGUCCCCUGGAAAUUAUGAAGUUUUGAACUUUAGUACCAGUGGUGCUGGGCAGCUUAUUGUCCAUAAAGGAAAAUGUAUAGGCAAGGAUGAGCAGCUGGGUAAAUCAGUCUACAACGCCUUGGAAAUUCGCAGUGGAGAGUUUGUGUUAGUGUAUGAGUGGGUUCUGCAAUGGCAAAAAAAGAUGGGAAAAUUUCUUACCACACAUGAAAUAGAAAAGAUUGAGAAGUGUAAGAAACAGCUUCAGGGUGCAGAAACAGAGUUCAGCUCACUGACGAAGCUAAGUCACCCAAACGUAGUACAUUAUAGAUGCAUGAACCUUAAAGAGCGGGAUGAUUCAAUUGUGGUGGACAUUUUAGUGGAGCACAUAAGUGGAUGCAGCCUUUCUACGUACUUAUGCAAAGAGACUCCGGUUCCUAUUGAUCAGUUACGCCAUUAUGUGACCCAGAUUUUGUCAGCUCUUGACUACUUGCAUAGUAAUUCGGUGGUGCACAAAGUUCUUUGUGCUUCCAGUAUUUUGGUAGAUGCUGAAGGAAACAUCAAGGUGACAGACUACAGCAUUUCCAAGCGCUUAGCUGACAUCUGCAAAGCAGAUGUUUUUGAACAAACCAAAGUUCGUUUUAGUGAGGAUGCUCUUCCCAGCAAACCUGGAAAAAAGGGAGAUGUGUGGAGUCUGGGCUUGCUUCUGCUUUCUCUCAGCCAGGGCCAAGUAACCAGGGAAUAUCCAGUUGCUGUUCCUAGCAGUUUACCUGCUGACUUCCAAGACUUUCUGGAAAAAUGUGUUUGCUUGGAAGAUAAGGAAAGAUGGAGUCCUCAGCAGUUGUUACAACAUAGUUUUAUAAACCUUCCACGAACGAAAAUACCUAUAGCAGAAGAAAACGUAGAUGAUUCAGCAGGAAUAGAUUGCGUUGAGACAGUUGUACCCAGCAGUCAGAUCUCCAGUGCUUCAUUCUUCACAGAAACACAGAGGCAAUUUUCACGUUACUACAACGAGUUCGAAGAGUUAAAAUUACUUGGCAAAGGGGCUUUUGGAGCCGUCAUUAAGGUGCAAAAUAAGCUUGAUGGCUGCUGUUAUGCUGUGAAACGUAUCCGCAUCAACCCUGCUAGCAAGCAAUUUCGGAGGAUUAAAGGGGAAGUAACAUUACUUUCCCGCUUGAAUCAUGAGAAUAUUGUGAGAUAUUACAAUGCUUGGAUAGAAAAACAUGAAAGUCCCGUUCACAGUGUGUCAUCAUCUGAAACUCCUGAAGAGAAAAGAGUGCCCAGCAAGGCCGACCUUUUCGUCCUUCCCAGUGAGGAGACAAAUGAUGUGGAAGCCAAUGCUCCUCCUCCAGUUUUGACAAGCUCAGUUGAGUGGAGUACUUCGUGUGAAAGAUCCUCCAGCAACAAAUUCAGUGGAACUGAUCAAGAGUCCAGUGAUGAUGACGACGAUGGUGACGGAGUGUUUUCACAUUCAUUUUUGCCAACCACAGAUUCUGAAAGCGAAAUAAUUUUUGAUAAUGAGGAUGAAAACAGUAAAGGUCAUCCUCCAGAUGAAGAAUGCAAUGAAAAGAAUAGCAAUGGAGAAGAAGACAAGCCACCAGUGAUUCAGACAGUGCAUUAUCUAUACAUCCAGAUGGAGUACUGUGAAAAGAGCACAUUAAGGGAUACUAUUGACCAAGGUUUAUGCGAAGACACCAGUCGGCUUUGGAGGCUUUUCCGAGAGAUUUUAGAUGGAUUGGCUUAUAUUCAUGAAAAGGGAAUGAUCCACAGAGACUUGAAACCUGUGAACAUUUUUUUAGAUUCUGGCGAUCAUGUGAAAAUUGGUGAUUUUGGUUUAGCCACAGAUCAUCCAGCAAAUGCUGUUGUCUCUAAGCAAGAAGAAAAUCACUCAGAUAAUUGUGCAAAGUCUGACCCAUCAGGUAAUUUGACAGGGAUGGUUGGCACUGCACUGUAUGUCAGUCCAGAGGUCCAAGGAAACACUAAAUCUACAUAUAAUCAGAAAGUGGACCUUUUCAGUCUGGGGAUAAUAUUCUUUGAAAUGUCUUACCAUCCCAUGAGUACUGCAUCAGAAAGAAUCUUUGUUCUUGGUCAACUGAGACUACCCGCUAUUGUAUUUCCAAAAGACUUUGAUGAAGUCAAGCAUGCGAAGCAGAGAUUGGUUAUUACAUGGCUCUUGAACCAUGAUCCUGCUGCACGGCCAACUGCUGUGGAGCUGUUGAAAAGUGAACAUCUUCCACCACCACAGAUGGAGGAAUCUGAACUUCAUGAAGUACUCCACCAUACCUUAGCCAAUGUGGAUGGAAAGGCUUACCGGACUAUGAUGAGUCAAAUAUUUUCACAGCGCAUAUCUCCAGCUAUAGACUAUACCUAUGACAGUGAUAUGCUGAAGGGUAGUUUUUCUAUUUGGGCAGCCAAGAUACAGCAGCACGUAUGUGAGAUUGUCAGCCGGAUUUUUAAAAGACAUGGAGCUGUCAAGCUGCAUACUCCACUGCUAAUGCCUAGAAACAAAAAACUGUAUGAACAUAAUGAAGCUUCGUAUUUCAUGGAUCACAGUGGGAUGCUGGUGAUGCUUCCCUAUGACCUCAGAAUUCCUUUUGCAAGAUAUGUAGCUAGAAAUAACAUAUCAAACUUGAAAAGAUACUGUAUAGAGCGAGUUUUCAGACCUCGGAAGUUAGACCGCUGUCAUCCCAAAGAACUCCUAGAAUGUGCAUUUGACAUUAUUACAUCCUCUGGAAAUAGCUUUUUGCCUGUAGCAGAAACAAUUUAUGCUAUUUCAGAAAUCAUUCAAGAAUUUCCAGUGCUACAGGAAAGAAAUUACAGUAUUUACUUGAACCAUACUGCCUUACUGAAAGCUAUACUUCUACACUGCGGGAUACCAGAGGAUAAACUCAAUCAAGUCUACGUCAUUCUGUAUGAUGCAGUGACUGAAAAGCUAACCAAAAGAGAAGUAGAAGCCAAAUUCUGUAAUCUCUCGCUCACAUCAAAUAGUCUUUCUCGGCUCUACAGAUUUAUUGAGCAGAAGGGAGAGCCAAGUAACGUAUUUCCAUUUUUAAACACAAUGAUAAAACAAAAAACAGGUGUCACUCAGCUCUUGAAGCAUGGCAUGAAGGAUCUAGAGGAAAUCAUUGGUCUGUUGAGGCAACUUGGAAUAAAACUUCAGGUUUCUAUAAAUCUGGGACUAGUUUACAAAAUACAGCAGCACAAUGGUGUGAUCUUUCAGUUUAUAGCAUACAUCAAAAGAAGACAAAGAACUGUGCCUGAAAUUCUUGCUGCUGGGGGCAGAUAUGAUCACCUGAUACCACAAUUCAGAGGACCACAGACAGUAGGACCAGUUCCUUCAGCUGUUGGAGUCAGCAUAGCUAUAGAUAAAAUAACUGCUGCUGUUUCCAGUAUGGAGGAUUCUGUUUCUGUCAGCUCAUGUGACCUGCUGGUUGUAAGUGUUGGUCAGAUGUCAAUGGGUAGAGCUAUCAAUAUUGUUCAGAAACUCUGGACUGCAGGAAUUCCGGCUGAAAUAAUGUAUGACUGGUCCCAGUCCCAGGAAGAACUGCAGGAAUAUUGCAGAUGCUCUGGGAUUACAUAUGUGGCUCUUGUGUCUGAUAAAGAAGGAAGUCACGUAAAGGUGAAAUCCUUUGAGAAGGAAAGACAGACGGAGAAAAGGAUUUUAGAAUCUGACUUAGUAGAUCACCUGGUCCAGAAACUGAAAACUAAAAUCUGUGAUGAAAGAUGUAGUAGAGAAACCUCAGAUAAUCUCUCAGUACAAAAUCAAAAGGGAUCAUUUGCUAAUAUUUCAGGUGUGUUUGACUCGCACGGAACUCUUAUAGUGCCUAAUGUUAGUGUUAUAGCUCCUGAAAAAUUAUCUGCCAGUGCCAGGCGUCGUCAAGAAAUUCAGGUACAAACAAGACUUCAGACUUUCAUUUCUAGUCUGCAACAGAAAACAAGUGAGAUUGAGAUUUUAGCAGUAGAUCUGCCAAAAGAAACUGUGAUACACCUCUUAUCAUUAGAGUUUGAUGGAGAUAGACAAGCUUUUGAUGCUACUGUGAGACAACUGAUGUCACGAUGGCCAAAACAGAGAUCCUCAUAUCUGCAAGCAAUUUGUGAUGAAAUUUACAGUAUCAAAAUGGAGAAGAGGGUUCCUGCACUUAUCCUGUACAGUUACCGAGAUGAAUACAAGGUUUUGUUUUAGUGCUUCAAGCAUCCUUUAUACGAUGCUUCCACUAAUGGACAACAAGUUGUUUUUGUAUAAAGGAACUUCAGAAAGCUGUUAUAAUGGAAGAUAGGCAACUGAUGCCUUUUUUACGUGUCCAGCUUGAAUUUCAUGUGUAAUAUAAAACUGUAAAUGUAUUCAAAAAAGUGGAAAUAAAUGUUUUAUAGUCACUUAAGGAGCAAAGUCUGACCACAGCCAGAGCCUUGCGAUACCCUGUAAUUCUUGUCCCCUUGCCAUGCAAAAGACAAAUUAUCACCUGUACAGGUGUGAAACUUCUAUUAUAAUGUAGUUUCAGAAUGCCUGUCAUGUCAGUAACCAACAGUAGUACUGAAAUGAGAAACUCAGGUCAAAGAUUAGAGAGGAUGUAUUAUUUUCGGCUCUAAAGACGGCUUUAAACUUUUUUUGAAGAAGGCCUUCACAUAAAAUAAAAGGUUUGGUUAUUGAUCCCUUCUUGAAGUACAUAUUAUAAGACUCUUUUUUUAAACUGCUACUUUAAUCUUAAAUCUCAGUCCUGUUUUUUGUACAGAGAUUUUAAGUUGUUUGAGAGCUGUUGCAAGCCUGGUUGCCUAUGCUUGUCGUGCCCGUACUUUUGCCUUUAAAUCAAGCAGCUGCUUCCUGAGAGCUAAAAUAAGUCUUGAUACACUAAAAGCUAGAUUCAGGUCCUUCAGGUCUGAAACAAAGGAUUUAAAGAAAAACAGCAACCAGCAGAUGCUUAGAGCCAUCGCUACAACUUUUGAAUUAGCUUUCUUCACAAGGGUUGUCAGAUUAAGUUUGUAUUUCAAGACAUACAUACAUAGAAACGAUGGGGAUUUUAGAAUUAUUUUCUUGCAGUUACAGCUUCCCUGUCAAGGCUUUUUAAAGUUGUCUGUAACGGCUGCACAUAGUUAAAAGCUAUACAGUCAUACAGCCAAGUCAGGAAAAAUGAGGUUAAGCAAAUCUAAAGAUGAGAUAUAGCAGCCUUAGCUAACUAUACGUUUCACAUCAAAUUAGUUAUAGUAUAGGAAUGAACAUGCAGAAAAGCGAGGGAUUUUCAGAAACAUACUGGUGCUUACCCUCCCUCCCCUCCUCCCCAACUACUGCCUUUCAUUUAAAUAGUUUGUUCCUGUUCCUUCAUUCUCUAACUUGCCUAAAUGAUUGUCUUCAGCAUUGCAGGCUCGUGGCACUGUCAAAUACCUAUAUUUUCUGCCUUUUUUUCUUGCAGUGGAGCAGAGGGUAAAGUUAAAAUAUGUGAAGAAUAAACUGUACAGACAAAUAAACCCCAAAACUUCUUGUAACUACAGAAGUUGCAACAGCAACACUCAGAGUAGUAUCAGGAACAAGUCAGUCCCAAAGGCACAGAUAACUGUCAUUCCUAGCUGUUUGCUGAGGCAAGUAACAGUAGUCAUUACAACCACAUCCAUUUCUCAUCAUAUUUAAUAGGAACAAUUAAAUAUUCAGCUUUUACAUCUGCUUCUAUGAAGGCGCUACUUCAAGAUGUGAAGUAUGGGGAAUUCAGAUCCCUGAAUAGGGUGAAGGAUGAAGGUGUUUUUUUUU